CAAACAUCAACCGAUGUGUUCACAUGAGUUAUAUGUUAAUGUACUUACUUACCGAUUUUAAUGAAUGCAAUGUAAAUAUUGUUUUCACUAUUUGUGCUUAAAGCUUUAAAGCAUUCAUCUAAGGAGAAACAAUUUGAAAUCUGUGUUUUUUGUUUUGUUUAUUGUUGACAUGAUGAGGUUAUAGGAAAUGAAAGUCUAUAUAAAGAGAGAAUGUGGUGGUUGUGAAGCUUCAGUGUAUGUGGCUGAUGAGAGCGCCAAUGAAUUUCUGGAUUCAGUGUGGAUGAGCAGAGAUCAGAGCCGCACACCACAGCCACUGCUGGACUCUAAACUCUCUGAAGAGAAAUCCAGACACACACAGGACUCCGAGCUCAGUCUGACUUUACUCUGUUAUACUGAGUCAAAGCCCACAGACACUCAGGACACUACAGUGUGUGACAGUAAUCAGGGCUUACAGGAGGAGUAAUCUACUGAUCAAACCUCCACAGAGUCUCUGGAUUCUGUCUGGAACGCUGGAGAACAGCAGCAGAUCCUGCAGACCAAACCCAAGAUGUGUUCAGACAAACUCAUCGACUGCAGGAACCUCAUGAUGAAGAUCAAAACUGAACCCACAGAAAUAAAAACUGAACGUACAGGAGAUGAAUAUGAAGACAAUCUUAAUGAUGGUCAUGAUUGUAUUCCAUCAGAUGUGAAGAGUGAAUUAUGUUUGGAUGGAGAAAUAUUGUCCUCAACAUCAAAAGAGCGACGGACAGCACAGAAACUUCAUUUAAAAGAUCACAGAGAGAAGAAGAAGAAGCAGUUUCACUGUCAGCAGUGUGGGAAGGUGUGUGGCUCUUCCUCUAAUCUAAAAGUUCACAUGAGGACACACAGUGGUGAAAAGUAUUUUUACUGCACUGAAUGUGGCAAUUACUUCAGCAGCAAACAAAGUCUUGAUGUUCAUAGGAGAAUUCACACAGGAGAGAAAGCAUACGUUUGUCCUUACUGUGAGAUAACAUUCAGACAAAAAUAUCAUUUGCAGAAACAUGUUUUUAUACACACCAAUGAGAGACCGUAUCAGUGCAGUGAAUGUGGAAAAACCUUUAGAGAUUCAUUUAAAUUAAAAUCGCACCAGAAUAUUCACUCUAAAGAGAAACCCUAUCAAUGUUCACACUGUGAUAGAAGUUUCAUUUAUAAAUAUCGGCUGAUAGUCCAUGAGAGACUUCACACUGGAGAGAAACCUUAUCACUGUACUGUCUGUGGUAAAAGUUUUAAUCAAUGUGAACAUUUAGUGUCACACCAGAGAAUUCAUACAGGUGAAAAACCUUACAAAUGCUGUCAUUGUGAGAAGACGUUUGCUCGAUCAGAUUACUUAAAAACCCAUGAGAGAUUUCACACUGGCGAGAAACCUUAUGUAUGCUCAACCUGUGGAGAGAGAUUUUUUUAUUCUAGAUGUCUUCGGAAUCAUCAGAAGAAACAUACUGAAGAACAAACGACACUGAAAUCAUCAUAGUGUCUUAUAAGUGGCUUUUUUCAAGUAAAUUCUACUCCAAUUUUUUUCAGGGUAGUUAAUCCAUUGAUGUGCAAGAUGAUUAACUGAAUAGUUCUAGUUUAAGUCAUAAGAAAAUAAUUCAUAUAUUCAAUUCAUUUGUGUACACUGCAAAAAUGACUUUCUUACUUUUUUGUCUUGUUUUCAGUAGAAAUAUAAAAUAAUUCUUAAACCAAUUGUAUUUCCUUGAUGAGCAAAAUGACCUGAGAACAUAAGUCUAGUUUUUAGACAAAAAAUAUACAGUUUUAGUUAAUUUGUGCUUAAAACAAGCAAAAAAAAUCUGCCAAUGGGGUGAGAAAUAUUUUCUUAUUUUAUGAUUUUUUUCUCCCCCCAUUUUGAGAUUUAUUUGCUUGUUUUAAGCAAAAAUUCACUUAAAUUGUAUAUUUUUUGCCAUUUUGCUUAUCAAGAAAAUGUAUCUUGAUUUAAGAAUUUUUAGAUAUAUGUACUGAAAAUAAGACAAAAAUACUAUGUAAGAAACUCAUCUUUUGCAGUGUUUUGAAGUGUCCAGUUUUUUAAACGUUCUAAGAAUGUUUCUGGGGUUUCUGAACAUUAGAGGAAUGUUACAUUCUACCAUUUUCAAACAUUAUGACAAUGUCAUGUUUUAAUUUUCUUACAAUGUUAUAUGUAAUGUAAUGUAAAACAACUGUUUCCUAUAUUAACUUUUUGGCUUGUUAUGUAAAUUUUAAAACUUAUAUAAAAUAUUAUUUUGAAUGUUCUGAAACAAAUAUUGAUGUAUACAACACAAUUUACUUAGUAGGUUUAGAUGUUGAUGAUUGUUUAUUUUAAAGUAACCAUUAUGUUGAUCAGUGUUUGUUUUAGUUGGACGCUUGACCCUUCACAUUUUGCUUGUUUUUCAUUGGUUGCAUCAACUUUGUCUUUGUGUGUACAAAACACAUUUGUUAUGAUAAUGUAAAGUUAAUAGUACAAUUCUGUGGUGGU